AUGGAAACACCGGGCCUCCGGGACAGAGAGGGCCAAAGGGAGAUCAAGGUGACAGAGGCAACCGGGGGCCACAGAGAGGAAAGGGGCCACCAGGGAAAGAGGGUGAGCCCGGUACCAGAGGUCCAUCAGGGAGGCCCGGACUGUUCGGACCGGGGGGCAAAACGGGGUCGGCGGAGGCCAAAGGCCAGAAGGGGCUCCGGGGACACACAGGUUUGCCCGGCCGGAGAGGAGAUGAUGGAAAAAGUGGGACACCUGGAGCUAAGGGCAGUCGGGGUGAGACGGGGAAGCUCGGGCUCCCCGGCACCAGAGGAGAAAUGGGCGUUAGAGGUCAUAAAGGGGCAAAGGGAGAGCCUGGUGCGAGAGGCACGAUGGGGGGUGAAGGUCCACAAAGAAGACCAGGACCUGCUGGACCCCCUGGAAAACCCGCAAGGCCUGAGUGGUCUGGAUGGGUUGCUCGGGGUCGAGGGGAAUCCAGGAGAUCCAGGUGAUGUAGGUUUCAGAGGAGCUCCUGCAACACCUGGCAGCCCUGGCAAAAUGGGAAAACCUGGCUCUCCUGGGAUCAGAGGACACACUGGAGCACCGGGGCUUAAGGGUCCUCCUGGAUCCAAAGGAAAACAAGGACCACCAGGACCACUGGGGCCAAAGGGUAUCCCAGGACUGAGAGGAGAGAAGGGAGAGUCUUCAAUCACGGGUCUGAAGGGUCUCCCAGGUGAAAUGGGAACAGUGGGAGCAGUCGGACCACCUGGGCUCAAGGGGAAUCCUGGUCUGCAGGGGCUGAAGGGUCAGAUAGGGCACAAAGGAAAGCAGGGGGAAGCCGGUCCUCGUGGUCCACAUGGGCGUAAAGGCCUCCUCGGACUCGCUGGCGAGCUCGGAAAGAAGGGACCUGAAGGUGUCCAAGGAGGGAGAGGACCAAAGGGACUGAAAGGCAAACCAGGACCCCCAGGGAAACCAGGAGCGCCAGGCCUCAAACGCAGGCCUUCACAGAGACGGGGAUCAAAGCCUGAGAUAAAACCGGGUCAUCAAAGACCCAAACCAGCACCCCUUAUAAGGUUAAAAGUGGGAAUUGUGCCGCGGCUCCGACUCACACCGGCCCUCCUGAAGGCACGGCAGGAUGGGUCCAGGCCGAUGUCCAGGAGAUGGUCGAGGAAGAGGAGGCCGCAGAUUCAUUCAGCUGGCCUCAGGGAACCAAAGAGGAUCCGGCCACCACCUGCUACGAGCUGGGACUCAUACACCCUCACCUGAGUGAUGGUUACUUUUACAUGGACCCCAACCAAGGCUGUCCGUACGACUCAGUGAGGGUUUUCUGUAACUUCACAGCAGGAGGGACGACCUGCAUCGACCCUCUGCCCUCACAGAUCAAAUUAAGUUGGAAACCAAAGAAGAAGAGUUCCCCUGUCCAAUGGUUCAGUCAGCAGCACGGUGGUAACAAGGUAUCACAGAUUUAACUAACGGAGAAACCUUCGAUACCUCUACCGUCUUCAGACUGAACCGACUCGUCUGUGUGUCUACAGUUCGAGUACGCCGGCCUGGAUGUGGUCCAGCUGAGGUUCCUGCGGCUGCACAGCCUCUCGUCCUCACA